ACCUUCCAAUACCUUUCAUUCGGUUUUUCCUUUCACGUAAAGCGAAGAAAACCCUUUUCACAUCUUCACUUGUUUUUGGAUUUCUUUCUUUGAUGAAUAAAAAAAUAUUUCUUUUUUUUAGGGUGUUUACCGGCUCAAACGCUACCAUAAUUUGUCUCUUUCAUUUAAAAUGAUGGCUUUGGUUGGUGAGCUACAAUCCAGCUGCCUUGUAUUGACUGGCCUUGGAUCAUGGAGUGCUCGUUGUUGUGUCUAUGAUUGCCCUCUUUCCACCUUUUUUCGGAUUCUGGGUCCUUCUUUAAGAUAUCUCCCUCAUACUUGUGAAGGAUAACAAGAGCUGUGUUCUGUUUGUCUCCUUCUAUUUUACAAGAAAACCAGGCAAUUGUCCUUUAGGAGCUAUUAUGAAGUGUUUUCACUUCUCCAGCAGGGAGAAAAAUGAAGAACCAAAGACCGUAACAAAAUCCGUUUCUGUCCAAUCCACUUCAUCUACAUCAAUGUCGAUGUCAACUGAUCGUGACCUGAGGAAAUCCGGGUCUGAGCUCAAUUCUCAGAAUGUGUCAGAUUUUAGCACAGAAUCGUCCACAAAGAACUCAUUUGCGAACUCAUUUGCUUCUUUGUGUCAAAGACAGAGCAAUCUUAAAGCCUUCACAUUCUCAGAACUGAAGACGGCCACCAAGAAUUUCAGCCGCUCUGUAAUGAUUGGGGAGGGUGGAUUUGGCGGUGUGUAUAGGGGUGUAAUACGGAGCAUGGAAGAUUCAAGUAAGAAAAUCGAUAUCGCUGUCAAACAACUGAGCAGAAGAGGGCUCCAGGGGCACAAGGAAUGGGUGACUGAAGUAAAUGUUCUAGGAAUUGUUGAACAUCCAAAUCUUGUCAAAUUAGUGGGCUACUGUGCUGAGGACGAUGAACGGGGAAUCCAGCGCCUUCUGGUAUAUGAAUUUAUGCCCAACAGAAGUGUGCAGGAUCACUUGUCCAGUAAAUUUCAGAAAGCUCUUCCUUGGGCCACAAGAGUAAAAAUUGCCCAGGAUGCUGCCCGAGGCUUAGCAUACCUCCAUGAAGGAAUGGAUUUUCAGAUUAUUUUCAGAGAUUUCAAGUCUUCAAACAUACUACUGGAUGACCAAUGGAAUGCAAAGCUAUCAGACUUUGGGUUGGCUAGAUUGGGGCCUUCAGAUGGGUUGAGCCAUGUUUCAACUGCGGUGGUUGGAACUAUAGGAUAUGCAGCUCCUGAAUAUAUUCAAACCGGGCGUCUCACGUCUAAAAGUGAUGUGUGGAGCUUUGGGGUUUUUCUUUAUGAACUGAUAACAGGCAGACGUCCUUUGGAUCGGAACCGGCCAAAGAAUGAGCAAAACCUCUUGGAAUGGGUCAGGUCACACCUCUCUGAUGUAAGAAAGUUCAGGUUGAUCAUGGACCCAAAGCUCGAGGGAAAAUAUAACAUCAAGGCUGCCCAAAAGCUUGCUUCUGUAGCUAACCGGUGCUUGGUACGACAGGCUAAAUCACGCCCGAAAAUGAGCGAUAUCCUGGAUAUGAUCAACAAGAUUGUUGAUACAACAGACAAUGGAAGCCCCUUGCCCUGCACGAAGAGUUUGGCCCCGAAAGAUGCUCCUGAAGGACCUGGAAGAGAACGUAUGAAAAGGAGAUUUUUGGAUUCAAUAAUUGGAGAUCAGAAGGGAUGCUGGUCAGCUUGGAGAACAUGGAGAACUAAGCUAGUGAGGACACGCUGAAAGCAAAAAAAAUAAAAAAAAUGGAGAACUAGGCAAAUCAGUCUUGCUUCGAUGAAGUCCAUUUUUGUUACAUGUGUAAGUAAAUUACUUUGUUCUACCUGUGUACCCCGACAUACAAUUGUAAAUGUUGAAUAAAGUAAAUGAGUUUGCCAGGA